AUACGGUUUUCCCCUCCGCUAGUCAUCCACCCACAGCACAAAAUACAAUGGCGAUCAGCGAGGAGAGCAAGGCCUUGCUCCAAGCCCAGGUCGAGCUCUGGAACCAGACCUUCAGCUUCAUGAAGUCGGUGGCGCUUGCGGUUGCCUUGGACCUCCGAAUCACCGACGCCAUCCGCCACCACGGCGGCGCCGCCACCCUCCCCCAGAUACUCGCUGGGAUUGGCAUCAGCCCAUGUAAGCUUGCUGGCCUCCGUCGCCUCAUGCGCGUUCUCACCGUCGCGGGAACCUUCACCGUCCAGCCACCGGAAACCUCGUCAGGCGGGCACGACGAGCCUAUCUACAAGCUGACGACGGUCUCCCGCCUCCUCACGACGAGCGACGACGGCGACGAGACCUCGGCGAGCUGCUUGUCCCCUAUGCUGAGCCACGUGCUCAACCCUUUCCAUGACUCGGAGCUCAGCAUGGGCCUCGCCGCAUGGUUCCGGCACGAUGAGCCCGGCAAGUGCCAGUACACCCUGAUGCACGGCGCGACCCUGUGGGAGAUGUGUGGGAGCAGCGACGCGGUGAACGCGUCCAUCAACAACGCCAUGGCCGGGGACAGCCGCUUCCUGAUGCGGAUCGUCUUGGAGGAGUACGGUGAGACCAUCUUCCGGGGGGUCGACUCGCUGGUCGACGUCGCUGGCGGGGUCGGCGGAUCCACCGCCACCAUCGCGGCCGCGUUUCCAUCUUUGAAGUGCACGGUGCUGGAUCUCCCUCACGUUGUCGCCAAGGCUCCAUCUGUCAGCAACGUGCAGUUUGUCGCGGGCGACAUGUUUGAGAGCAUUCCACCCGCUAAUGCUAUCUUCCUAAAGUACGUCCUGCAUGACUGGGAUGAUGACAAGUGCAUCAAGUUAUUGAAGAAUUGCAAGCAAGCUAUCCCUUCAAGAGACGCAGGCGGAAAGGUAAUAAUCAUUGAUAUCGUGGUUGGAUCUAGCCUGUCAGAUGUUAAGCUUCUAGAGACGCAAGUCUUGUGUGAUCUUGAUAUCAUGAAAAUUGGUGGGGUCGAACGAGACGAGCAGGAGUGGAAGAAGAUAAUCCUUGCAGCUGGAUUCAAGGACUACAAUAUUAUGCCGCUUGGUCUCCGGUCGAUUAUUGAGCUCUAUCCAUGAAUGUUGCUCACUGAACACGUGAUCUGCUAGAUAAAUAAAAGCAUAUGUCAUGUGAGCGUACUAGUUACUUUCUGCUGUUGGACUACUAUAGAUUUAGUUUCAGAUUUCAAAUUCAGUCGGUCUGAAUAAUCUAUUCAGACAAAUUGUGAAGCCUAUCAUUUCCCGCUAAGGAGCAUGAAAGAUCUUUGGAGUCACUAUAUAUUGAGUAAUAAAGAUUUUAAUUUAUUUUGGAAUGUA